GCUCCGGGCGCUAUAAGAGGGCGGCGGCCGCGGAGCGCACUGCGCGGAGCCGGGAGCGCGAUGGUCAGCCGCCGCGGCGCGGCAAGAUGCUGGAUGGGCCCUUGCUGGCGCGCUGGCUGGCCGCGGCCUUCGCGCUGACACUGCUGCUCGCCGCGCUGCGCCCCUCGGCCGCCUACUUCGGGCUGACAGGCAGCGAGCCCCUGACCAUCCUCCCACUGACCUUGGAGCCCGAGGCAGCCGCCCAGGCGCACUACAAGGCCUGCGACCGGCUGAAGCUGGAGCGCAAGCAGCGCCGCAUGUGCCGCCGGGACCCGGGUGUGGCCGAGACGCUGGUGGAGGCUGUGAGCAUGAGCGCGCUCGAGUGCCAGUACCAGUUCCGCUUUGAGCGCUGGAACUGUACCCUGGAGGGCCGCUACCGAGCCAGCUUGCUUAAGAGAGGCUUCAAGGAGACAGCCUUCCUCUAUGCCAUCUCCUCAGCUGGCCUGACACACGCGCUGGCCAAGGCAUGCAGUGCAGGCCGCAUGGAGCGCUGCACCUGCGAUGAGGCCCCAGACCUGGAGAACCGAGAGGCCUGGCAGUGGGGCGGCUGCGGGGACAAUCUCAAGUACAGCAGCAAGUUCGUCAAGGAGUUCCUGGGCCGACGCUCCAGCAAAGACCUGCGUGCCCGCGUGGACUUCCACAACAACCUCGUGGGUGUGAAGGUGAUCAAGGCAGGAGUGGAGACGACAUGCAAGUGCCACGGCGUGUCAGGCUCCUGCACCGUACGGACGUGCUGGCGACAGCUGGCACCCUUCCACGAGGUGGGCAAGCGCCUGAAGCACAAGUACGAAACGGCACUCAAGGUGGGCAGCACCACCAAUGAGGCCACCGGGGAGGCGGGUGCCAUCGCACCCCCGAGGGGCCGGGCCUCAGGGCCGGGCAGCGGCAGUGGUGACCCUCUGCCCCGCACACCGGAACUUGUGCACCUGGACGACUCACCCAGCUUCUGCCUGGCUGGGCGCUUCUCCCCAGGCACCGCCGGCCGCAGGUGCCACCGUGAGAAGAACUGUGAGAGCAUCUGCUGCGGGCGCGGCCACAACACACAGAGCCGGGUGGUGACACGGCCUUGCCAGUGCCAAGUGCGCUGGUGCUGCUACGUGGAGUGCAGGCAGUGCACCCAGCGUGAGGAGGUCUACACCUGCAAGGGCUGAGCCCCACUCAGAUGGCAAGCCUGCUUUGGAGGUGCACUCAAAGCCAGGAGGUCUACACCUGCGAGGGCUGAGCCCCACUCAGAUGGCAUGCCUGCUUUGGAGGUGCACUCAAAGCCAGGAGGUCUACACCUGCAAGGGCUGAGCCCCACUCAGAUAGCUGGGAUGCUCUUGUGGGGCUUCCAGUGCUAUAAGGUCUCAGCCACAGGGGCUGAGCCCCCAGACAACAAGGCUGCUUUGGGGGUGCAUCUAUAGCCAGGAAGUCUACACCCACAGGAAUUGAGCCCCUCUAGUUGCCAGGCUGCAUUUGGGGUGCACCCAGAGCCAGGAGGCCUCCAUCUGCAGAGGCUGGAGUGUGGGGGGCUGACUUGGUCAUCGCUACCCCUUCUCAAAGGCCCAGAGGCUGGAGGUGACUUUAGUCUGGCCUCCACAAUCCCUCUGCUUUGCGCUGGGGUCCAUUCUGUCCCUCCCUGAGACACCAUGCUUUCUAAGCUGUGUCUUAGCCCUGGCAGUGGUGUCCCUCCCUGCCUCCAGGCUCCUUGACAGGGUCACUGUUAUGACCCCCAUGGCCUCCGUGCCCAUCCAUGGGCUGCCCCCCAUCCCCAGCUCGGUCUCGAAGACUUAAACCACUAGGAGAAAGCUGCCGACCUGGGCUACCCACCCCUCUGACACCCAGUACUUCUCUUUGGAGUGAUAGCAGUGACUUAAAUUAUUUUAUUUAACUAAUAUAUAAGAAGUCUUUUCUGGGCCCCCACCAUGUUCCAGGCUGUACCCUAGGCCAGUCUGGGAGCCCCUCUUCCCUUCUGCUCGCCCCUGUUUGCUUUAUUAUUUGAAACCACUAUACCAGGAGACGUUGCUCUCAUUUGAAGAAGUACAUCUGUGUCUGACCACUGCUCUCAGGGCUUCUGGAAGCCGGGUCCCUGUGGUCACACUCGGGUCCCACAUGAGGAGUGACAGAGGCUGGCCUGCCCUGGGCUUCCUUUCACCAGCUCAUUCUGUGUCACCUUGGGGACAGAUGUGUGUGCACAUGUAUGUAUGCCUGAGUGUCUGUGUAUGUGAGCGUGUGUGGGUGUGUAGUAUGUGUGUACACUGUGGUCAGCUAGGAAGUGGCCUCCACCCCAAACCCUCCUGACAUAAGAUGCGAGGGAAUCCUCUCCCCUGUGUGCCCAGGGUUGGGGAGCUGUUGUGCUCCGGGAGUGCAGGCUGUGCUGGUGGGUGCACGCAUGAAGGUGGGAACUACUGAGCAAGUGGGUUCCCUGGAGUCCUGGGGCUCCAGCUCCAGGAACCCCAGGGACUGCGUGUUGCUUUUUUUUUUUUUAAAUAAAUACCUAAAUAAAAACCUAUUUAUGUGGAUGUGGGUGGCUCCACCCUGUUCUGUAUGUAAAUAGUAGAGUCUAUUGUCCUGUGGUUCAGAGAGCAGCCAGGGCUGUGCUACUUCUGGCCUGUCCUGUCCCCAGAGGGAGCCGGGGGUGCCUGAAGGCAGGUGACAGGUUCUGCCCUGCGGCCACCUGCAGGCCUGUGUGGAGAGGGUCGCAGGCGUCCCCCCACAGGUGUCCCCCCAUCUCUUCCCGCCCGGGCAGCUGCUCUCAUGACAAGACUGUAGCUCAGUCACUAUUGGUCUGAAGGCGGCGGGUCAGAAAGGCUAUUUUUUUAAUCCAGUACCACAUUAAACUCUAUGCAUAAAUAUUAAGAAAAGUAUUUUUUUAAACAAGGCAGGCUGCAAACGUCUGCUGGCUGGUUUGUUUCUAUAUUAAAUAUAUAUCAGAAGGUCUUGCUGAGUCAAGGAGCAACUCCCGCUGUCUCUCUGGCCGGGCAGCAGGGGGACACCUUGAAGGAGGAAGGGGUUCUUUGGGGGCAGCAGCCCCAGGCCCAGCCUCUGUGGGGGCUGUGCUGAGGGCCAGGCAGGUCCCGGACCCCUCUCCCCUGGCUGGGCUCCUGCGAGGGCCAGGAGGGCCAGACGCCAAGGGCUCCAUGCACGAGGCUGCGUCCGGCCUGGUCUCACAUGAGCCUGUGGCUUCUCUACCUCAUCUGUACAGCGAGUAGGUAACUCAAGUGACUUGGAGAAUGUAUUUAUUUAAUGGCUUUGUGUAACAGAACCAGAAACAAGUGGAGACACAAAAUAAAUGUAUUUUAAAUUAUG